GAUUCACUACAUUCUGGCUUGGCCCUUCAUCACCUGCUGUUAGAGAUAGUAUAAAGACGUUAGCUAAGCUAUCAGAAGUUGCCAAAUUGAUCUUUUUUGGAUAUAUCUGUAUUUUAUUGUAACUCAAAGUGCUGUUUCAGGAAUAGAUUUUAAACCGGUGUAUACAAGCUCACAGUUUUAUUUAUUUUAUUUGGAUAACAAGAUACAAAAAUGUCACGAUUUAGAAAACAAGAAUACAAAAGGCAGGUGAGCGAGGAUCCAGAUAUUGAUAAUUUGUUGGCAAAUCUCUCUCCGGAGGAAAUGCAAGAACUGCAAAUUGAGUUGGAUGUCAUGGACCCAAAUUCCAAUGUUGCUGUCGGAUUGAGACAGAGAAAUCAGACAGAGAAGCAGCCCACAGGAACAUACGAUCGAGAGGCAAUGCUCACUUACUGUGAGCAAACAACUAGGAAGCUGAUAGAGAGAGAGCUGUCAAUUGACGAAGGACAAACCCCAGAAGAAUUAUGUAAACAAUCCACAUCUAAUGAAUUUGAAAAUAAAGCAGUUAAGGAGCUGGAUAAUGAAAAUAUGAAAAUAAGUGAAGAAACUGCUAAAACAAAGGGGAAAAAUGGAAAAAAGGAAAAAUAUGAGGACAGUGGAAAGAUCAAAGACAUCAAGGGCAAAGAGAAAGAGGAAAGGCUGAAGAGCAAAGAAGUGAAAGGAAAAGAUAAAGAGGAGAAAGAGAAGAGCAGGGAGCUGAAAGGAAAGGGAAAGGAAGAAAAGUUGAUUAAACCCAAAGAAGAAACACCAAAGGAAACCACUAAAGAGGAAAAAUACUCCAAAACAAAGAGUGAGACAAAAGACAUUAAGAACAAUGAAAACUGUUCCAGCUCUUCUGUGACAAACUCUAGCAAAUGCUGUUCAACACAAUGUAAAGAUUCAUCCAGCCCACAAAAUCUGGUGGAGAAAAAACAGCCAAAAGCUUCAGAAACACAAGCAACAACUUCGACCAUUUAUGAUGAGCCAAUAGAAAAAGUAUGGAACAACGAUCCCGAAUUAACUGAAGUGAACUUAAAUAAUGCGGAGAGAAUAACCAAUGAUAUCUUAAUACGUUUUGCUGAUGCGCUGAAAGAAAAUACUGUUGUGAAGACCUUUAGCUUUGCCAACACUCACGCUGAUGACCACGUUGCUUUUGCUGUUGCUGGUGUGCUAAGGAUAAACAAAAGCAUAACAAACCUCAACCUGGAAUCCAACUACAUCUCUGGCAAAGGUGUCAUUGCCAUCAUGAGAGCUUUGCAACAGAAUAAUGUCCUGACGGAGUUCAGAUUCCACAAUCAGCGUCAUAUAUUUGGAGGACAAGUUGAGAUGGAUAUUGCCAAACUUUUAAAGGAAAAUACCACUCUUCUCAAGCUGGGCUACCAUUUUGAGUUGGCAGGGCCACGCAUGACUGUGACAAACUUACUAAGUAGGAACAUGGAUAAACAAAGACAAAAACGUUUACAGGAGCAAAGACAGGGCCAAGCAGGAGACAAAAAGCAAGGGCUUGAAGUUCCAAAGACUCCUGGCAUGCAAAAAUCACCCAAACCUUCUCCUCAAUCUUCCCCAAGAAGUUCACCAUGGUCAUCCCCUAAACCAACCCCAAAGACGGCUGCAACUCAUGCAACACCACCUGCUCCUCCUCCUCCUCCUCCCCCAGCCCUGCCUGAAAAAGCCAACUCUGUAACACAAAACCAUAAAUUACAAAGUAAGAGGACUGGAGAAGAACAUGAAGAGACCAAGAAGCUAAGAAAUUCCUUGACACCUGUAUCUGAAAGAAAGUUGGAAGAUAGACCACCAGCUCAAGAACAAAAUUCAAGAGAUCAGCUUCUGGCUGCCAUUCGAGGGAGCACUAUGAAGAGUUUAAGGAAGGUUGAAGUUCCAAAGUUACUACAGUAAGAAGAUGUGCCAUUGCGUGCUGUGGAGAUGCCCCGUUAAUCCAUAUAUAAAUCAAAUUCACUAUUGUAGCCAAAGCAUCAUUGUUAUUCUCAUUCUGAUCAUUUGAAGGACUUAUUGUUACAUCAUUGCUUGAGGCCCUGUGAAAAGAUGGCAUCAUUUCUAAGAACUCCUUCAAGCAUUGCUUGAUCUCUUAUUUUCAAUGUCUCACUACUUUUCCAGUGUGUUCCACACUUCUGACAAUUCUUGCAGAUAGCUCUGCUUUUUCUGUUAUAACAGCUUUUCAUUGGUAAUUAGCUAUUUUCUGAUGUUCCCAUCUCAAUCCUUUGUUUACAUUUUACCGCUAUUUUCAUUUCACAUCUUUUGUAAAAUACUUAAGUGAGUGUCAAGUUUUUGAUACAGAUUUUCUCUUAUGUCUCUCUCCUGCUACAACAACACUCACAAGAUAUGAGCAUUUUUAACCCUCUUCCUUCCAUGCAACCUAUAUGCCACUUGGUCAGCCCUCCUAAUUUUUACGUGUCAGUUUACCUUUCUUCCCCUCAGAACAGUAGCUUGCCUGAUGUCUUGUAAUUCUCGACACAGUGUAAUCCUCAAGCUGGCCCUCCACGAUCGGAGGGACGGACUUAUAAUGAUGGUUAAAAAGCUUUAUCAGUCUUCUUAGAAAUGGGUCCUAUAAGAUAAAACUCCUAUUACCUAUUUCUCUUGAAUCUUACAUCGUUUUGUUUGCAAUGACUAUUUUUAGUGAAAAAAUAAGAGCAAUGUCUUAAUCCUAAAAGAAUUGUAAAUAUUUGUCUAGUUUGGUUUUCUGUGUAAUAUUUUAAUAUGUAAUAUGUGAACAUUUGUAAAUGUAUGCUUCCUGCACACAUGCUAUCAAGAGAUACACAGUGGCAAUCAUGUAACUUCCAUUCCAUGCCUGAUGUAUCAUAUAUUAAAGACAUCACUGAAAAUACAAUAAACAGCACAAUAAAAAGGCUGCCAGUU